AUGGAAGUGAUAUUAGAUUGUUUUUUUGAACAAUAUUUUACAGAAUUAGAACGCAGUAGUUUAUUGUCACGUUCAAAACGACGACAAUUAGUGGAUUAUUUUAAUACAGUUAUUGCUGGAUGUUCGGCUGGUGAAGAAUGUGAUCCACAAAACGCUUGUAAACGAGCAGUAUCAUCAGCAAUUGAAUAUCAUAGACAACAUAAAGAUUCAAAUGGUGCAAUUUGUUUAAUGGGAAAAUAUCAUAAUGUAUUAUAUUUAGCUGUGAAAAUAAGUUUUGAUUGGAAUUUACGUGAUACAGAGCUAAUAUCACAGUUAUUGAAUGAAAUAUAUAUGUGUGAAAAAACAUUUGAACGUAUAUUUGUUGGUGCAAUAUUUGGUCCUACGGCACCACAUUUUAUAGCUGGAUGGAAGAGUGAUUUUAAGGAUCGAGAAGAAAAUGUACGGGCGUUAGUUUAUUUCUUGGAUCAUGCAACAAAUGCUUCUUUACAAUUCACUGAAGGCUUACGCUUUAUUGACGUACCAAUGGAAGCGUGUGGUCACGCAACUCCAUUACGUGUUGUCAUCCAAGUUGGUGCACCUGACAUCCUCUUAAUACUAUUACGUUUUGGAGCAACUGUAUCAUCAGAGAAAAUUAGUACAUCAUCAAUAGAAACAAUUUUAGACCGAUUAAAAGAGUAUGAAAAUGAACGCAUUUACCCAUUCACACUCGUUGCAUGUUUAAAAUUUAUUUUGCGUUCAAUACCUUCGAUACAUCUACCUUUACAAACGUUACUUUUAAAUGAUGAAUUAAUGUUGAACAAGAAAUAUGCAAAUUGGACUAGUUCACAAAUAUUAUCAGAUAAAUAUAGUUGUUUAAUUGAAGAUUCAUUAAUACCAGAAAGUCGAUGUGGAUUACAACCACCAGAGUUAAAACAUUUAGCACGAUGUAUCAUACGUGAAAGAUUAUAUAAUAAUUAUAAGUUACCUUAUGGAAUACAGGAGUUACAUUUACCGGAAGAUAUGCAAAAUUAUAUCGAUUUACAAAUCGAUUAAAUGAAUCCCUAUUUUGAAGUUAUUGUAAAAAAUUUGGGAAAAUAUAAUGAAUUGAUCUUGCCCAAGUUUACUUGAGUUUUGACCUUUCUCUACAAAAAGAAUAAUUUUACCUUAAGGUUUGAAGAUUUAGUAAAAAUAGGCAAUUAAAAGGAACUUUGGGUGCGUAAUAAUUUAUUCGUUUCAAUAAAUGCUGUACGUAAAAAAUUCGAGUAGAGAAUUUCUGUAAAAACCAAGGAAUACUAAGGAUAUUAAGUUCAAAGGGCACUUUUCAGUUCUUUUUCCACUGGCAGUCUAA